AUGGCUCAACAUUACAAACUGUCCUCCAUCUUAUUGCUUGCAUUUAUCUACUUUAUACAUGACCACAUGAUUACUACUAUAACAGCACGUCGCAUUCUACAAACUCCUAGUUUCUCAACGCCCACUACCCCUAGUUUCUCAAUGCCUACUACCCCCAGUUUCUCCAAAUCCCCCGGUGUUUCAAAGCCUGCUAGCCCAAGUUUCUCCAAUUCACCUAGUCUUUCGAAGCCCGAGACUCCUAGUUUCUCAAAAUCUGAGACCCUUAGUUUCUCAAAGCCCGAGACACCUAGUUUCUCAACAUCUGAGACCCCUAGUUUCUCAAAGCCCGAAACUCCUAGUUUCUCAAAGCCCGAGACACCUAGUUUCUCAAAGCCUGAGAUUCCUAGUUUCUCAAAACCCGAAACCCCUAGUUCCCCAAGACUCGAAACUCCUAUUUUCAUAAAGCCUGAGACCCCUACUUUCUCAAAGCCCGAAACUCCUACAUUUUCAAAGCCCAAAACCCCUAGUUUAUUAAAGCCCGAGACCCCCAGUUCUCAAAAGCCUGAGACUCCUACUUUUUCAAAGCCCGAGACCCCUAUUUUCUCAAAAUCGGAGACCCAUAGUUUCUCAAAGCCUGAGACUCCUACUUCUCCAAAUCCUGAAACUCCUACUUUCUCAAAGCCCGAGACCCCAAGUUCUCCGAAGCCUGAGACUCCCAGUUUCUCAAAGCCCGAGACCUCUAGUUUCUCAAAGCCCGAGACUCCUACUUUCUCAAAGCCUGAGACACCAAGUUCCCCAAAAUCUGAGACACCUAGUUUUUCAAAACCUGAGACUCCAACUUUCUCAAAGCCUGAGACUCCGAGUUCCCCAAAGUCUGAGACCCCAACUUUCCCAAAGCCUAAAAUCCCAAGUUCUUUAAAACCCGAGACCCCAAGUUCUCCAAAUCUUGAGACCCCUAGUUUCUUAAAGCCCGAGACCCCUAUCUUUUCCAAGCCCGAAACCCCUAGUUUCUCAAAGCCCGAGAUGCCAAGUUCUACAAAACCUGAGACUCCUAGUUUUUCAAAACCUGAGACCCCAACUUUUUCAAAGCCUGAGAUGCUGAGUUCCCCAAAGUCCGAGACCCCUGCUUUCUCAAAGCCUGAAAUCCCAAAUUCUCCAAACCCCGAGACCCCAAGUUUCCCUAAGCCUGUGACUCCUAGUUUUUCAAAGCCCGAAAGCCCUAGUUUCUCAAAUCCCGAGACUCCCAACAUUUCAAAGCUAGAAACCUCAAGUUUCUCUAAGCCUGAGACUCCAAGUUUCUCAAAGCCUGAGACUCCAAGUUCCUCGAAGCCCGAGGCGCCAAGUUCACCAACCCCCGAGAUGCAAAGUUUUACAAAACCCGAGACUCCUAGUUUCUCAAAACCUGAGACUCCAAAUUCUCCAAAGCCCGAGACCCCAAGUUUCCCAAAGCCCGAGACCUCUACUUUUUCAAAACCCCAGACCUCCAAUUCUCCAAAGUCUGAGACUUCAAGUUCUCCAAAGCCCGAGACCUCUAGUUUCUCAAAGUCAGAGACUCCUAGUUUCUCAAAGCCCGAGAUGCCAAGUUCCCCUACGCCUGAGACUCCUAAUUUCUCAAAGCCCGAGACUCCAAGUUUUACAAAGACCGAGGCUCCUAUUUUUUCAAAACCUGAGACCCCAAGUUCUCCAAAGCCCGAGACUCCAAGUUUCUCGACUCCCGAGACUCCUACUUUCUCAAAGCCCGAGACCCCAAGUUCCUCAAAACCCGAGACCUCAAGUUUCUCAAAGCCCGAGACCCCUAGCUUUUCUAAGCCCGAGACUCCUAGUUUUUUAAAUCCCGAGACACCAAGUUCGCCAAAUCCCGAGACAUCAAGUUCUCCAAAGUUUCCGACUCCUAGUUCCUCAAAGCCCGAGACUCCAAGUUCCCCAAAGACCGAGACUCCAAAAUUCCCAAAGCUUGAGACUCCAAGUUCUCCAAAGCCCAAUACACCUAAUUUCCCAGAGCCCGAUACCCCAAGUUUCUCAAAGCCCGAGACCCCAAUUUUUCCAAAACCCAAAACUCCUAGUUCCGAAAAGCCUGAGACACCAAAUUCUCCAAAGCCUGAGACACCAAAUUCUCCAAAGCCUGAGACCCCAAGUUCUCCAAAUUUUGAGACUCCUAGUUUUUCAAAACCCGAGACCUCUAAUUCCUAG